AUGGAUGCGCAGGGGACGAAGCCGGAGGGUGGCGGUGAUGGCGGCGCUCCCAAGGCUGCCGGGAAGGGCGGCGGCGACGUGCCUGCGGCGGCGGCGGCCGGGGAGGAGGUGGUGAUCAGCGCGCCGGUGCACUGCGUCGGCUGCGCCCGGAAGCUGCGUCGCUCCCUGCAGCGCCUCGACGGGGUUGGAGAGGUGAUCGUGGAUAGCAUGACCGACAGGGUGGUCCUGCGAGGGCCAAAGGCGGCGGAGAACGCGGCGGGGGCUGUGAAGGUCGUGGAGAGGAGGACCGGGGGGAAGGCCGUGCUGGUGAGCCCGGCGCCGGAGAAGCUGCCGCCGCCGGCGGCGGCGGCGAAGGGUGAAAAAACCAAGAAAGACGAUGGUGGGAACAAGGACGUGACCAACGAGCUACCGGAAAUUGACAUGAAAAUGGUGGUUGUACUGAGGAUCAACUUGCACUGCGACGCCUGCUGCGAGGAGAUCAAGCGGAGGAUACUUCGAAUCAAAGGCGUUGAGGACGCCGUGCCGCACCUGAAAUCCUCGCAGAUGAUGGUGAAGGGGGUGGUGGAGCCGGCGACGCUGGUCGGCUUCAUCCACAACCGCACGGGGAGGAAAGCCGCCAUCUUCAGGGCGGAGCCGCUGGAGCCGCCGCCAGCACCCAAGUCGCCACCCAAGGACGCACCGCCGGUCGAUGCCCAGACCAAGAAAGAUGGCCCGUCUGACAACAAUGGAGAGAAGAAGGAUGGACAAGAGAACGGGAACAAGGAGGAGGAGCCACAGGAGGAGAAGAAGGGAGGAGGAGGAGGAGAGGACGACAAGAACCCCAAAGCAGAGAAACAAAGCGGCCGCGACGGCGCCGCCGAGGAGCAGGAAGAGGCCCACGGCGGAGCGGCGAAGGACGACGACGCCGCCGGCGACGGGGUUGUGCUGGAGAACCACAAGAAGGACGACCGCCUGUUCACCGUGCCGCUCCCGGCCGGCGUCGUCACGGUGGCGCCGGAGGUGGCCCUCGACAACGCCGUCGCCGCCCCAUACUGCUACUCCUACUCCUACCCGUCCUACUAUCCCUACGCGCACCCGUCGUACCACUUCCAGUAUCCGCAGCCGUACUACCCGCCGCCGUACGCGUACGCCGGCGGGCCUGACGUGUACGGGUGCCCACGCUAUCCGCCGGAGGCGUUCACCGAGGAGAACCCAAACGCGUGCGCCAUCGUGUGAUCAUGGGGUAA